CUUUCCAAAUCUUUAACUCCCUGGGAUGUCCUGCUCAGUUUGAUAGCAGCUGCCACACACGACUUGGAUCACCCAGGCGUUAACCAACCUUUCCUAAUUAAAACAAACCAUUACUUAGCAACUUUAUAUAAGAAUACCUCAGUACUGGAGAACCAUCACUGGAGAUCAGCAGUGGGGUUGCUGAGAGAGUCGGGUUUAUUUGCACACAUGUCCUUAGAAAACAGGCAGUUGAUGGAAAGCCAGAUCGGUGAUCUCAUUCUUGCCACAGACAUCAGUCAGCAAAAUGAGUAUCUGUCCAUGUUUCGAUCCCAUUUGGAUAGAGGAGACCUAUGUUUGGAGAACGCGAACCACCGUCACUUCAUCUUACAGAUGGCUCUGAAGUGCGCGGACAUCUGUAAUCCAUGCCGGACGUGGGAGCUGAGCAAGCAGUGGAGCGAAAAAGUAACAGAGGAGUUCUUCCAUCAAGGCCA